AUGAUGCAGCCCAGUUUGAGCUCUGGGCAGCAGAUUCCUGCCUCGGGGCAGCUGAAGCAACCUGUCCUGACCGACGCACAGCGUGGCGCAGAAGCGCUGUUUACUACGAAAACUAUCUCUGAGAUCCGCGAGAUUGAAGUCCGAACCAGGAAGGACAUUGAGCAGAAGAAGCUGCAACUGAGGAAUCUUGUUGGAGACUCGUACAGGGACUUGAUCGACAGCGCGGACAAAAUCCUUGCUAUCGCCAACAAUACCACAACCAUCCUCAACAAUGUCCGCAGCAUCCAGGAAUCAUUUACCAGCCUGGCCCACAACUUCACCUCAUCGGAUGCGCUGCUCAAUGAAAAGCGUGACUCGCUCACCAAGCAUGAGGAAUUAUACGCCGUGGGCUCCCGCGUCAAGUAUCUGGUGGACACGCCCGAGCUGAUCUGGGGCUGCCUGGAUGCCCGCCGCUACUUGGACGCCUCUCGUCGCUUCCUGCGGGCCCAGCACGUGCACGACCUGCUGGCCUCCAAUUUCUCCCCCGCCGCGCUGGCCAAGUUUCCCCUGCUGCGGCACCACUGGCCCACCGUCACAAAAUUCAAGAAGCAGGUGGUGGAUGCGGUGCAGUCGGUAAUGGUGGGGGAGCGGCAGGUGUCCACAGACAUGGCGGCGGACCUUCUGACGUCGCUAGCCUCUCUGCAAGGCAUGGACUCAGCGGCACUGCUGCAGGCGUUUCUCGCAUCUCGUCGCGCGAUGGUGGGCCAGCUGGUAGCCAGCGCAACGGCGGCCUCGGGCGACGCUGCCCCGGCAGCCGCCGCUGAGGUCCUCUCGGCCCUGGCACAGGCAGCCCAACUCACCAUUGCGCAGGUCGGCGAGCUCUUCCUCCCUGCCGUCAGCCCCGCCGGCGGCCGCGGCGCCGUUGCCGCAGGCCCCGACGCGACCUGCCUGCUGCAACAGCGCUGCCGGGAGGAUGAGGCCGAUUACUCCGAGCUGCUCUUCGGGGGCCGUACCAACUCUAAUGCCGCCGCUGCCGCAGCAGCAACGGCGCCGGCGGCACCGGAGGCAGACGCCUGGCGGCGCACAAAUCGUUCUGUGGUGGAGAACCUGGCAGCGCUGUCGUCUGGGCAAGUGGAGCACGCUUGUGUGAACUGGCUGCGUGCGGUAGCGGAGGACUUCAGCUCUCAAAGCUCACGGCUGCUGGCUGGGCUCACCACGGCGGCGGCGCUGGUGGAGGUGGAGGCUCAGGUCCGCGGCGCCAUCGCGUCGUGGCAGCACCCGGGCUUUGCCGCCGCCGCCGCGGGGGGCCCGGGAGCGGCACGCGGCGCCGGCCACGGCGCGGCCAAGCGCGCCCGCAUGCUGCACCACCACUCCGGCUUGUUGCUGUCGCCGACGGCGGCCUCAGCGGGCACUGACGCUACCACCGCUACCGCUCCCGGUGCCCUCUCCAGUGAUGCCGAUGCGCCGCACCUGGGCAGCUGGGAGGCGGUUGCGGAGUGGGUGGUGGGCCGGCAGCUUAAUGUCUGGCAGGAGGUCUUCCACCAGCCUUUUGUUGUACGCUCCAAGGAGCUGAUCGAGGAGGGCUUUGCGGCGGUGGGUCGCGCUCUCGACGGUCCGCUGGACCAGUGCCUGCGUGCCGCCGCAGAGGCGGAGCCGGAGCCAGCGGGAUGCAUCAUCACACGCUCCUGGCCACUGGACGGCUGCGACAGCACCUCGGCGGCAGUGGCGGAUGACCCACAUGGUGUCGGCCGCGCUAGGUCGAGCUCGAUAGGCCGCAGUGCUGAGUUGUGGGUUGGCGGGGGCGAGGCUGCUGGUACGGUGGCGACUGGCAGCGCCAUUGGCGAUAGUUGCGGCAGCGGCGCUGGAACAGCAGCAAGCAGCAGGGCAUACCGGCAGCAGAUGUCGGUCAUCCAAAGGAAGUUUGAUGAGGACCUGCGCUCGAUCCUGCAGGCUGCCCUGCUGCUUGUGGGCACUGCUGAUGCAGCCGUGUGGCCGCCCGGUAUACACUCCACACCUGUCUCCGCGUCGCCCUCGUCGGCAUCGCUACCCCGAGUCGCCUCGGAUGCAGUCACGGUUAGCGGUGGCAAUGGCGGCGGCAACACCCUCCAGGCCGUGGCGCACUCACACCACCACCAUCACCACCAUCGUUCCUCGUUGCAUGCACUGGCGGCAAUGAAACGUGAUAUGCAGGGUAGCAGGGCGGCCGAGCUGGAGCCGUUUGUGCAGUCCAAAUGCAUAGAGCUGGUCACCGCCAUCGCAGCCAGGCUGCAAGCCCGUUUGGACCAGCUAGGGCAGCCACGGGAGGGCCCCGCGGGGGCCGCCACCGCCGAGCUGGUCGUGCUGCUGGGCCGGCUGGCGUCGGCGCUGGCUGCGGACUCGCGUUACCUGCCGGUCGUGCUAGGCCCGCCGGAGGCCUGGAAGGUAUGGCUGCAGCAGGGUGGGAGGGCCGCCGCCUGCGCCGGAGCCGGCACUGGGGGCACCGCUGCAACGGUCGUCGGCCGCAUAGCGGCAGGCCGCAUGGGCGGCGCGCGCGGCGCCGCUGCCAACGCGCGCCUGGCCGGCGUGCUGGAGAAGCUUCGCACCGCGGCCGUAGCCGCGUACCGCAGCUGGGCGACCUGGGCAGCCACCAGCCUGGCUGGGGAGCUGCGGGCGCUGGUGCUGGCUGACGACCUGCUCUGCGUUAAUGCAAUCCCGCUGUCUUGGCAGGAGACGGUCAUCGUGUCGGAGGCGGAGAACGCGCUAGCAGAGCCCAUUGCGGACAUGCGUUUCUCUCUGCCCGCAUCACCCUCCGUGCCCGUGCUGCUGCUGCUGUCGGCCGCGUGCGCGGAGGUGCGGCGAGCGGGUGACCACAAAAUCGCUCCUGAAGCUCUCCAGGCCUUCGAGUGGGAGCUCUACCGCGCUGUCACCUCUACCUACUCGCAGCUGCUGCAGCCCGGCACAGGCGCGCUGCACGUGCGUGGCGUCACCGAGAAGGGCAUACUGCAGCUGCUGCUGGACGUGCGCUUCCUGCGAGACGUGUUGGUGGGUGGAAGGCCCGUCACAGCGCGCAGCAGCGCAGCGACCACAGGCUCCACGCAGGGCUCGGCAGCAGCCGCGGCGGCGGCGGCUGCCGCCGCUGCCAGCGGAGCCGGCCUGACGUCGUUGGGUUCGGGCCUGCUGCCGGCUCCUGAGUUGGCGGACCCGACUUUGGUUUCGGCGCUGGCGGAGAGGAAACGGGAUGGAGCGGCGCUGGAGCAGCUGCUGCAGGACUGUUUGGACCCCAUUGACUGGGCCACCUACGAGUCCUACCUAUGGGCCAACGAGGCACGUUACUUCCAGCGGGUGUCCAUUAUCUUUGGCGUCCUCAUACAGCUGCAGAGAGCGCACCCCGAGCAGGCGGCAAAACUGGCGGCCUCGGGGCUUCAGGAUUUCAACCCGCUUAACGUGCUGCCCGUCGCGCCGCGCUUCCAGUACCUGCCCAUCUCCGCGCCAGCGCCCGCGGCGCAGCAGCCCGGCGCUGUAACAACCACGAGCGCAGCUGCAGCAGCGGGGGCUCCGGGGUAUGGCGGCUCUGCUUCCAGUGCCGCCGUGGGUUCAGUGGCAGCCGCACGUCUUCGACCGAGCAUGGGUGUGCGCAAUCGCGGGGCAACCGGCUCUCCGGACUCUUUGGACACCUACUCCUUCGCGGACCUGGGCAGUGCGCGCAUGGGGAAGGGCGCCAUUGCUGGAGGCGGCUCGGCAGCGGUCUCAGAGGCAGCUGCGCCCUCGUCGGCGCAGUCGGCCGCUUCGGUGGGAGCGGCAGCGCUGAGCGCAUUGCAUGCGCGCUUCCAGGCGGGCUCGUUGGGCACCUUCGGCUCCCUACUGGGCGACAAGGCUGCGGAGGUGACGGCCAUGGCGCAGCAGCGGUUUGGAGAGUUUGGGGACUACCUGCCCACAUCGGCACUGGGUUCUGCAGGUGGCCUGCUGUCAAGUCUGGCUAAGAACGUGGUCAAGAAGUAGCCAGUAGGGAUAUGUAACUUGCAGAGGGGCGGCGAGCGCACAACGGAUACUUUUUCACGAUGUAAACUUGCAAUAUGAAUGGGGACCUCCCCUUCUUAUCGAUCAGCUUGUACGAUGGGCGCUGUGCUGGGCAUGACUUGAGGCGAGCUGUGACUGAAUGGCGCUGAGCGUGGGCCAGAGCGGGGAAGAAAUAUGUGCGGUACAGAACCUAUAUGGAGGGCUGCUUGGUUGAGGGCUUUGAGCGUUAGGGGUCGUUAUGUAGGGAGUUCAGAUUGCAGAGUUUGGUAAGGCGCUAUCUUUC